AUGACACCCGAAGCUAAAGCUCAGCUAAUCUCAAAGUGUGAUUUGUAUUAUGACAUGUCUUAUUCGGUAGCAUAUUCCACGUUUGCGAACAUGCCACCAGAAAAUGGUGGUGCAAUGGGCAGUGAAGCAGCAUCAGAUCUUUCUUGUGACGAUGUUGACUAUUCUAAGAAAAAACCAAUUGCUGACAUUGCGGCACCACAUGAUGAACAAAUGGAAACAGCAACACUGCUGGAUCUUUACUCUGGGUGUGGUGCCAUGUCAACUGGGCUAUGCCUGGGUGCUGCAUGGUCGGGCUUAAAACUGAAUACAAAAUGGGCUGUAGACAUGAACACAAAUGCUUGCAACAGUCUAAAGCAAAACCACACGUUCACACAGGUACGGAAUGAGAAGGCUGAGGAUUUCCUUUCCCUCCUUCGGCACUGGGAUGCCCUCUGUAAGAAAUAUGACGUCCACAAUAGCAAUUCUCUACCACGGACUUCGAACAAUGAUGAAGAUGAUGAAAAUGAAAAUCUCCCGGAGGGUACAUUUGAAGUAGAGAAACUGGUUGAUAUUUGCUACGGUGAUCCAAAUAGCACUGGAAAGGCUGGCUUGUGGUUCAAGGUACGGUGGAAAACAUAUGAUCCUAGUUGUGAUACUUGGGAGCCAAGUGAUGGCCUUAGUGAUUCCCCUGAACGUAUUAAAGAAUUUGUUGAGAGUGGAUACAGGGAAUCCAUUUUACCCUUGCCUGGCUGUGUGGAUGUCAUCUGUGGGGGUCCUCCUUGCCAAGGCAUCAGUGGAUUGAACAGAUUCAGAAAUUAUGAAGAUCCGCUGAUGGAUGAAAGAAACAAACAACUGAUUGUGUUUAUGGAUAUUGUGAACUACCUGAGGCCCAAAUAUGUUCUUAUGGAGAACGUUGUAGAUAUUCUGAAAUUUGCAGAUGGGUUUCUCGGGCGUUAUGCAUUGAGUCGCCUUGUUGCCAUGAGUUACCAAGCUAGGCUUGGUAUGAUGGUUGCAGGAUGUUAUGGGCUACCACAGUUCAGGAUGCGAGUGUUUCUCUGGGGAGCGCUUCCUUCAGUGGUACUUCCAAAGUUUCCGCUUCCCACCCAUGAUGUUAUUAAUCGAGGAGUAGUGCCAAAUGCAUUCUCGCAAUGUCUAGUUGCCUAUAAUGAAACUGAAGAUAAACACUUGAAGGAAGCUCUCGUCAUUAGAGAUGCUAUAUCCGAUUUACCGAAGGUUGGAAACCAUCAACCUAAUGAUGUGAUGGACCAUCGUAUUAGACCCAAAACAGAAUUCCAACAUUAUAUCCGGCUCAACCGUAAAGACAUGAAGGAUUACUCACUUGGAGAUGCUACUCACAAGGAAGGUCUUCUAUUUGAUCAUCAGCCCCUACAAUUAAACAAUGACGAUUAUGAAAGAGUGCAGCAGAUUCCUGUAAAAAAGGGGGCCAACUUCCGUGAUUUGAAAGGUGUCCGGGUUGGGGAAAACAAUACCGUUGAGUUCGAUCCGGAUAUUCCUCGCGUACUUCUGUCUUCUGGGAAGCCUUUGGUGCCUAGCUAUGCCAUGACCUUUAUCAAGGGAAAGUCACUGAAACCAUUUGGACGCCUGUGGUGGGAUGAAACUGUUGCAACUGUUGUCACCAGAGCUGAGCCUCAUAACCAAAUUGUUUUGCAUCCCACCCAGCACCGAGUUCUGACCAUCCGUGAAAACGCGAGGCUACAAGGCUUCCCAGACUAUUACAGGUUGUCUGGCCCUAUAAAACAGAAAUAUAUCCAAGUUGGCAAUGCGGUAGCCGUCCCUGUUGCUCGAGCUCUGGGGUAUUCCCUUGGACAGGCGUACCAGGGCGAAUUUGAUGGCGACUAUCCCCUGUUCAAAUUGCCAGGGAAUUUUAUUCCUAUGGAUCAAGCAACACUCGCAAGAUUGUCUGAAGGAACUUCUGGAGGCAAAGUAGUGGAGGCAGAAUAAGUUUGUGACUGGGUGUGUUGAUUUUGGUCAUAUACUUGCAUGGGUAGCUGUCAAAACAUUGUCAUUUAUUCUGGCCACUGAUUUUUCCAACUCAUCAAUUUAUA